GUGCUUGGCCCCGACCCCAGAGCCCCGCGGGGUGCUGAGCCCCAGGCAGCCCCCCGGGACCCCUCCGGACCCCCCCAGAGACAGCCAUGGAGUCGGUGGCUCUGUACAACUUCCAGACGACCGAGAAGGACGAGCUGUCCUUCCAGAAAGGGGACACCCUGAAGAUCCUCAACAUGGAAGAUGACCAGAACUGGUACAAGGCUGAGCUGUUUGGCUGCGAGGGCUUCGUCCCCAAAAACUACAUCAAGGUCAAGCCACACCCGUGGUACGCGGGCAGGAUCUCCCGGCAGCUGGCAGAGCAGCAGCUCCUCAAACGCAACCACGUGGGAGCCUUCCUGAUCCGCGACAGCGAGAGCACCCCGGGGGAGUUCUCCAUCUCCGUCAACUACGGGAAGCACGUCCAGCACUUCAAGGUGCUCCGGGAGAGGAACGGCAAGUAUUUCCUCUGGGAGGAAAAGUUCAAUUCCCUCAACGAGCUGGUGGAUUUCUACAGGAUGACCACGAUCUCCAAAGGGCAGCAGAUCUUCCUCCGGGACGAGGACCAGGCCCAGGAGGUGGGGAGACCCCGAUUCGUACAAGCCCAGUUCGACUUCUCAGCCCACGAGGGCUCCCAGCUGCCCUUCCUGCGCGGGGACAUCAUCGAGGUGCUGGACUGCCCUGACCCCAACUGGUGGCAGGGGAAGAUCUACGGCCGGGUGGGCUUCUUCCCCCGGAAUUACGUCCAUCCCAUCCGCAAGUGACCCUCCCCCGGCCCCGCGGGCGCGGCAGGACCCGCCCCGCUGCCCACACCCACCGGAGCCCCUUCGUGCCCGCACACGGUCUGCAUGUCCCUUCGUCCCCACGGACCCCGCAGCCUUAAGAACUUU